AUGCUUCAUCGACGUCCAGUGCACCAAUCACACAUACUAUUGGGGUUGCAAAGGUGCGAAGAGGUAUUGAAGAGGCUUAAGAAUCGCGCUAAUGAAACACAGGGAGGCCACACAUUCGAACCUGACGUUACGCAGGCGCGGAUCGGCGAUACCAUCAAAUUUGAAUUCUAUCCGACCAACCAUUCCGUUGUUCGCGCAGAGUAUGGUUUCCCAUGUAUUCCGUAUGAAUACACUGGUGUCGACAAGAUUGGCUUUUAUUCUGGAUUCAAGCCGGUUGAUGCCGUCCUCGACGACCCACCGGCGUUUUAUGUCACGGUCAACGACACCAACCCAAUGUUUUUCUACUGUGGUGCUCCUGGAUCAUGUAUCAACUGGCAAAUGGUUGGAGUGAUCAACCCCAAUGCUACGACUUCCUUACAGUACCAGAAACAGCUGGCCAAGGACUCGACCUUCAUGCUUACUCCCGGCCAACCGUGGCCGGAUGAGGCUGAGGAUCCUUUCACGACAACGAGCGCACCUUCAGGAACCGCCACCUCAACUGUAAGCGGUGCUUCAGGCACCGCAGAUGCCGCCGCAGCAUCCUCAUCACCUCAUUCUGCCCUCUCCACCGGGGCGAUUGCCGGGAUCGCUAUUGGUGCGGCAGCUGUCGCGCUUGCAGCAGCGGUUCUUCUGUAUAUUUGUGGUCGUCAAUCCCGCCGCCGGACCCCAGUCAAUCAACAUGAAGAGAGACCGGGCACCGGUCAUGCAACCGUACACUCUAUGGCAUACAAUCCACAUGGCCACCCAAUGAGCCAGUAUAUGGAUCCUACAAAACAUAUGUCGAUGCACAGCAGUGUGAUGCCUCUUAGCCCUGCUCUACCAGGUUACGCCCCAUCUUACGAUCCUACCAUGUCGCCUUCCCUCCAUCACAAUUACCCCAUGAGCGACUCUCUAAAACCGGGUCCGGGCAGUGAUAUUGCUACACUCCACAGCACAUCACCGAGCCCACUGUAUUCGACACCAGCUUAUCCGAAUGGUGUUCCACCCAGCAUGUCUUCAUUACCAUACGGGGCUCCCCUCCAGCCACAGAUCCACGAGAUGGCAGGUUCAGACGCUGCUGCUCAGGGACAAACUAGCACUGGAAUGGCCGGCUACAUGCGACGAUCUAGCAUUUCAAAGUCUCAGGGCGUCGAAAGAUACAGCUAA